AUGGCCCGCAGCACCCGCGACGGCUGCCCCUCUCCGGAGCCGGCUUUCCCGCGGCCCUCCUGCUGCCCGUGCCCGGGCUCCAGCAGCGCCUCGCCGGCCUCCUCCCCGGACUCCGGCGGCUCUUCGCCGGCCUACCGGGGCUGGCGGGCGGCGGGCGGGCGGGCGCGGCUGGGCGGUGGUCAGCGGCAGAGCGCCAGCCAGCGCGAGAAGCUCCGCAUGCGGCGCCUGGCCCAGGCCCUGCACGCGCUGCGCCGCUACCUGCCGGCCUCGGUGGCGCCCGCCGGGCAGAGCCUGACCAAGAUCGAGACGCUGCGCCUCGCCAUCCGCUACAUCGGCCACCUCUCCGCGCUGCUCGGCCUCGGCCCGGAGCCGCGCCCGCCGCCCCACCUGCCCGAGCCGCGCCUCGCGCCCGCCGCCCCCGCCCGGCUGGAAAGGGAGCCGUGGCGCGCCGCCCCCGCCCCGGGCUGCGGACCCGGCGGCCGAGCCGGCGCCGCGCUGCUCCCGGCGGAGCUCCCGGCCGCGCCCCCGUCGCCCGCCUGCCAGAGCCUCCCCGACGAGCUGCUCUCCUUCCUGGAGGACUUCUUCCCGCUGGCGGCUCCCGGCAGGGACUGA